AGCACAGGCUUUUCAGACCCCACACUUUUUGCCCAUGGAACGUUUGAAUGCAAAGGAACAGGAGGCUCUGGGCCAGGUGCUCGAGGCGAAACAGCUGAAGGAGUAUUUGCGUAUGUACUCAACUCUGACACAAAACUGCUUCAAGGACUGUGUGCAGGACUUUACUACCAACAAACUGUCUAAAAAGGAGGGAGAGUGCAUCAUCAAGUGCGCCGAAAAGUUCCUCAAACACUCGGAACGCGUCGGCCAACGGUUCGCCGAGUUUAAUGCCAAACAAAUGAGUUCGUAGGAAUGAAUUUAUGUUCAGCGAGGAA